AUUCACGAAGGAUGAAAAUCAUCAACGUCAUUUUAAUCUGUUGAAUGUUUGGAGUGAAUAAUAUAAAGUUGCCUUUGGAAAUGUUAUCGUUCAAAAUUUACAGUUGGAUUGAAUUCAAGGCAAAAUUUUUCGUAUUUCAUUGAAUAAGUAAACAAUGUAUUCGGACAAAAACAGUGAUGCAUACCGUAUUGCGCACUUUCCGGUGAGAGUGGCUGCAAAAAGAGCCCUUGAGAAAUGUGAUGAAAUCGCCAGAUAUUUCUAUAAGCGCCCGCGGCGCGAUAUCAGUAAACCAAAACCGAGUAAGGAAGUUGAAAAUUUUUCCAAUUCUGCGCAGUCAGACGAUAGUUUUGACAUGUACAACACAGACAAUGUUGAACCAAAUGCUAACCGAGUUCCGCUUGAAAUCAACAUCGAUUUGCACGAAGAACCAUCUGAUCAUUCGUUUGAAUCGCCGGCAACAAAUAACGAAAUGCAAUACCACAGUGAUUUCGAAACAUACGACCAUGUUGAGGUUAAUAUGAAUGAAAACAACGAUAACGGAGAGUCCAUUGGUAUGGAUGUUGAAAUGGGGUAUCAAAAAACCGAUGAUCAUUCUUUGAAACCCAAACAAAACAAUCCAUAUGAAAGCAGUAUUGAUCCAGUAUCGAGUCCAGAAAGAGAAAUGACACCAGCCAGCAGACUGUCCCCUGAAAAUGACAGAUUCUCAUCACACACAGAGCACUCUUCAACGAAUUCGGUCACGUCUGACACACCGUUGAGUCCACAACAUACACAUGAAAUCAUCAAGUUUCACGGUGCAUCGGGGACGAUUCGAUUUUUCAAUGAUUCUAAAACCAUUUUCAUUUCUGUCAAUGGAAAAACCGACGAACACAUACCGUUUACAUUCCAAAAUGAAAUUGGAAAUCAUUCUCAAUAAAAAAAAAUAGUUUUUCAAAAGAAAUCCACAGGUCUUUUCCAAUACAAUUUCCUCACUCACAAAG